ACGUUAGCUAGUAGGAGUGGCCACGGCAUGGGCGUCUAGAUAGAUUUAUAUUAACGAACGUAGAAAUGUAUAUACACGUAUUCGGAGCAAAUUUAUCAGUGAACAUAGGCUUGCUAGUUAUGUAAAAUGUGCGAUACAUCAAGUGAAGUUAAUGGCAAAGUGUUCGGAAUGUAAGGUCUAGGAGAUCUCUGAGCAAGUGUGUUUACUUUUUGCCAUACUUCUAGUUUGCUGCAGUAGCUCAUUUACUGUAGCUUGCUAGCUAAUGUCAAUUUUGCUGCGCGGCUAGCCGACGUCGGGUUCUUGACUUUUCUGGUGCACAGUGACUCUUUAUCACACGCUAAUAAUCGGAUUGUGAUAUACUGGUGGGUAGAUCAUUUAGCUAGCUAACGUUAUAGUUGCAUAGUAAUUUACGCGGAUCAGAUAACAGUCGAGUUGGUUACAAUUGUUUUGUUAGCUAAAUACAAACAACCCACUUUUUAAAGAAGUGAUAGCCAGGGUUUAAAUGAAAAAAUGCAGCGUUACAGUUAUCGUCGUCAUGGAAAUGUAUCUCCCAACGCCCGACCAAUAGGUCAAAAGUUACUGUUUGCACCGAACGAUGAAGAAGACGCCCGGAUUGAUGACGGCAACAGUACAGGAGACGUAUCGGGUUUUACAGAAAUUGACCCUCCAAUGCGACUGGACAGUGUCGAUAUUAAACGACUGGAGGACGACAGCCCUUUGAAUCGGACUGCGGAUGAUGUGGAACGGUGGGGCGAAGGAUUCAGUCAUCCGCCUCACCUUCAGUCCCCCAGUAGCGUUAUUUCCUUGAAAGGCUCCCCGGCGUCACCACGGAAAAACUCUCGGGUGUACGGGAGUUCACCGGAGCGGUCAUGCAUUCAGGAAGACGGGGACUGCUCGAGCUCACCUAUUCCAGACUGCCCCGACACACCGCCACACAAAACCUUCAAAAAACUACUCCUUUUUCAUACUCCACACACACCAAAGAGUUUGCUGAACAAAGCCAGAACUGCCAGCUCAGUGUCCUCAAGUAGGAGAGUAGCCCUCUUCGGGAAUGUAGAAUCCACAGGAAAACCUGGUCCGGACAGCAGGAGAAGCCAGACCCCUUUGGUCAACAUCAACCCCUUCACCCCCGAAUCCCUCCUCAUCCAGUCUACAACUCAACACAGGAACAGCAGAAAGAGGGCACACUGUAACGAGUAUGUCACUCACUCCUGUGGUGAGGACAUGGAGGUGAGUGAUGCUGAAACAGAGGAAGAGGUCCUUUUCCCACCAAAGAGAAUAACCAUGAUGGAGAGCAACAUGAAUUCCAGGUAUGCCUCAGAGUUCCACGAGCUGGAGAAGAUCGGCUGUGGGGAGUAUGGUGCAGUCUUCAAGUGUGUGAAAAGAUUGGAUGGCUGCGUGUACGCUAUCAAGUGUUCAAAGAAGCCCCUGGUCGGCUCUGUGGAUGAGCAGAACGCCCUCCGGGAGGUGUAUGCCCACGCCGUGCUGGGCCAGCACCCUCACGUGGUACGCUACUACUCGGCCUGGGCUGAGGAUGACCGCAUGCUCAUCCAGAAUGAGUACUGCAACGCCGGCACCCUCUCGGACGUCACGGCCAAGAACUACCGGCGGCUCGGCUUCCUAUCGGAGCUGGAGUUGAAGGGCCUUCUGCUGCAGGUGACGCGCGGCCUCAAGUACAUCCACUCGUCCUCGCUGGUCCACAUGGACAUCAAGCCUAGCAAUAUUUUUAUUUCACGCAAGACGGUUGGUAGUGUAGUAGACGCGUGUGACGAGGAGGACGAAAAGGAUGGACUGACCACCAGUGUCGUGUACAAAAUAGGUGACCUUGGCCACGUGACUAGGUUAAACAAUCCUCAAGUUGAGGAAGGCGACAGCAGGUUCCUGGCAAACGAAGUCCUUCAAGAGGACUACAGUAACUUGACAAAGGCAGACGUCUUUUCCCUGGCGCUGACUGUGAUCAGUGCCUCUGGGGCGGAGCCUAUGCCCAGCAAUGGGGACAAGUGGCACCAGAUCCGUCAGGGAAAACUUCCACCCAUCCCACAAGUUCUCUCUCAGCAAUUCCUGAGUCUACUCAAGCUGAUGAUCCACCCUGACCCCGCCAGGCGGCCGUCCACCUUUGACCUCAUCAAGCACCCGGUGCUGUUGACAGCAGCUAGAAUGAGUGCCGACCUGCUCCGUGUGGAACUCGACGCAGAGAAGUCCAAGAACGCCCAGCUUCAGAAGGAGCUGAAGAAGGCCCAGAUUGACAAAACUGCAGCUGAGGAGAAGGUUCUGACCCACUCCACUGUCCAGUCCGACCCCAAAACCUCCAGACUCGUCGGCAAGAAGAUGAACCGCUCAAUGAGCCUGAACAUUUACUGAGACUGACUCAAACACAGAUCCCCCUGAGUGGGGAGCAAUAAUGGUGCUGGAUCAUGGACUAAAAACAAAUAUCUUGAGUUUCCGACUACGUAUUCUGUUCGAAAAAAGUGGCAAGGAUUCUACUUAAGGCAGUGGUCACCAACCUUUUCUGGGUCAAAAUGCAAGCUGCGAUUUUCUGUGCACAUUUAUUAUUAUUUUUAAUUUAUUUUAAUUUAUUUUUUAACUUAAAAACGUAUUAAGCCUAUGCAACAUUAACCAAUUGAAAACAUUUCUGUAACAAUGAGGUUUGUGCAGGAAUCUAUAGGCCCAAAUCAUUAUCACUGCAAAUUGGUUAUGCUUGAAUUGCCCUGCCAAUGUUCUCAGACCAUUUAGAAAUUAUGUAUAUUUUUAAAUGUGGUAUAUCAUCAUGCUGGUAAUAGACAAUCUGUAAAUUUGGCAAGCUUAUCAGAACACUUUGCUGCACUCGUUCAUUGCAGCAUGAAUGGAAGAAGGGAGAAUGUUCCACAUUUUUAUAAGCCAUAACAUGCGCGAAGUGUUGACGGUGCUGAAUAACAACUUAAACAUAAAACAACAGCUCUUUGAUGUAUUCGUUUUCUCUAGUCAUGGUUUUAAAACUUCCGAAAUCUCACAGUAUCAACUUUGGUGUGCGUUCAAGGUUUAUUUUUACAGUAUGGUUCGAUGAAACAGCGGACAGUGAUCUGAGCUAUCUGAUUGGCCAGUGGUAGGCCUAUAGGUGCUGUUGAUUUGCUCUCUGGGCCUGCCGGGUAGGUGGAGUUCUACCUUUCAGACAUGGGAACACGUCGCCUUCCCGGCUCUAUGGCUGCUGAAUCAAGUGCACCUACUGCCAACAGCGCAAAACAAAUAAAGAACAAUAGGAACGCAGGGCUUUAUCGUUUUUUUUUUUACAGAAAUGUUUGGAGCUCUACUAGGAAUGCCUUGGAGAUCGACCAGUCGUUCGCCCGGUUGGUGACCACUGUACUAACGGUACAGCCAAAUGGGCCCCAUUUCCAAUGGUCACAGGGGACUUUACCCUGUCUCAAUGCUGUGGGUGGGCCUUUCUUGUCAAAAUCUGAGACUUUGACGUACUCAAUCAGUACUGACUUGUCAAACAGUCAGUUCUGUAGGAAGACUUGGCCCUUUCAAUCAAAUUACCAAUAAUCCUGGUGGUGGACUUCUCAUUCCUUACUGUACCUAUUCUUCGUCAGCCCCAAGUCUAAGUAGAUUGGCAAGGCUCUCCACUGUAGUCCCUGCACUUCCUUGAAAGCCUAGUCUUGCUCUUUGUUGGAUAGGGGCACAGAGAAGCCCUUCUCAGUGUGUGAAUGUAGCAGACCACAGAUGUGCGCACCUUACUGCCUGAUGUCAGCCAUCCGAGGGUCUGGAUCUGACCAUGCUUUUAAUUAAGAGCACUUUGAAGGCAAUGGGGGAACUUGCCACACACAACCUGCUGCUAUUCAUGUUUGUCUGUGUUCAAGGGGGUUGAUGGAUUUUUGUUUUCCAAUUGGGGUCGUUUUAAAUCAUUGUUAUUAAGGUGAUCAUAUUUUGUGUACCAUAAUUAUAUACUUUUGAAGAAACUUUUUUUUCUCUUCUGAGUCUAAAUGGAUCAUGCAAUACAUGUAAGAAAAGUGUGUGAGUGUGUAUCAAACCUGUUUUAAAAAAUGUUUUACUUUCAUUGCCAAAAUUACAACUGGUACAUUUAUAGCUGCCAACCCUGCCUGUGUUGCAUUAAAACAAUCAUUGUUCUGUAGGUUCACCUGUUUUGUGACGAUUAUUUUACUGUCACUGCAGGGAGCCUGUUUAACAUUGCUAAAGGGUAUUACUUAUAGCCUGUAUUUUAUUUUAAUAAAUUCUUAUCAAAUGCA